AUGUGUAUCAGUUUUAAUGUUCCUCCGCCCGGUUCAAGGAUCGAAUUUGAGUUAAAUCGCAUUAAAAUAGAUCCUCUCAACAACAGUCCGUGGGAAUAUGAAGUUGCAAUAUUCGAAUCUAUCGGAAAGGAUAGGAACGUUUCCUACAAUUUUCUAAGAAACGAAUGGGGAUAUUUGGAUCAUACUCUCGAUCCAUACCAACCUUCUGGUGUGAUUGAGGGUGGUCCUGAGAAUUAUGAGGGUAAGGGCUUAGAGCUGAAGGUCGGGAAAGAUCGGCAAAGAACUGAGAUUUUGCCUUAUUAUCUGGAUCACGGCGUCUAUUACAGACAGAGGGACAAAGGAGGCACAGUUUCCUACGACAUUAGUCCUAUAGCUUGUCAAGAUAUAUCAUUUUGUAUCCAACCAUACAGUUACACAUAUUAUUGGUUAACAUAUUUUCACAAUAUAAUUGUUUUAGAUGAGACUGAUUUGGAUUUGGAAAGGAAGCAAUGGGGGAGUUGGCACCAACCAAAGACCAAUACACUUGGUUAUCUGCGUUCGGCAUUUCGCUCAUUCAUCAGAAUGGAAAACACCACAGAGUUACCAUAUCCCUGGAUUAAAAGAUUUGAUAUUUUCGAGAAAGUACCUUUACAUCGUGAAAGACCAAGCACUACGAUACCAUUUCCGGAUCCAGAUUGGCGUCUAUCUGCUCUAGAUUGCUUUGCAGGAGUUUAUCCACAUCAUAAUUUACCCACUGUUGAAGAAUGUCUUGUGAGGCAAAAAAAGCUAUUGAAGGAGUGGUCAAGGCUUGAGAAGUUGUAUAAUAAGAGUCCUGAUAAACAAUUACUACAAGAGAUUAAGGAAAUUAAGUUUGCAUUAUUUGGAGUACCUGAUUUUUCUGAUUCUGAGGAUGAAAUGCUCAAAGUCGUAUCCAACAUUGCCUUAUCUCGUGCUAGAACGAUGUUACAACUUCAAGCGUAUCACUAUUAUACUAUUAUUAACUAUAAUGACUGGAGAAAAGACCCAGAGACUAUAGAAUAUUAUAUAACGAGAACUGUGGAGGGUGAGGUGGAUCCAAGCAGUGACUAUCAUGGUCCUGAGAAGACUGUGGUCUUGAAUUUGGUCAAUUACAGGCCUAUGAGUAAGAAGUUCAGAGUCCACAGAAGCAUUGAAGAGAUGGCUGAAGCGUACCACAGAGUUGUAACUGAGAAUCGCAGAGAAGGCCGCGCUCAUACCAGGACUCAAAUGACACCCAAUGAAGAGCAUUCAUUCUAUCCUCUAAGAAAACAACGGCGGAAAUUUCCUGCUUUGGAGGCCGAGUAUAGGCCAAUUUGGACCAAUAGAAGUUACGGGUCUGAGUUUGGUGAUGCCUUGAGAAAAUCACAGAAAAUACCCGAGAAGGAUUUAACUGAGUUCGGAAAAGCUUUGAGGAAGAGGAAACGUAAAUUCACCAAAGAUGUUAGUUUAACCCUAACAUUAAUUAAUCACAGGAACGGAGGACCAAUUUCAGAGACGACUACUCCACUUUUGAACAUGAAUAUAAUUACUGAUAUACAAACUUGA